CUGAAACAAAAGCAGCAUCGGGGGGUCUGAAUUCUCAUGUCCAUGUUAAUAGCAGGUCAAUGUAUCUGGACACCCGCCCAAGAAAUGCUUAUGCCAUCAUCGACUGCCAUCCGUCUUUCCUUGUUCAGAUCUUCCUCCUUAAAUACCAUCUUCUCUAAUCAUCAUCUCUCCAAAUUCCCACUUUGCAGAACAAUCCCCACAUACCCAUCUGUUUUCGCUGCUAUGUCGACCGUUCCCACUACCCAUGAAGAACCCGUUAAGCUCGAAUCGGCUCGCCCUGUUCAGGUUGCAAAGCGGUUGGAGAAAUUCAAGACAACGAUCUUCACUCAAAUGAGUUCGCUCGCCAUUAAACACGGCGCAAUUAACCUAGGACAAGGAUUUCCGAACUUUGACGGCCCGGAUUUCAUCAAAGAAGCCGCCAUCGAAGCCAUUAAAAGCGGCAAGAACCAAUACGCCCGCGGAUACGGAGUUCCCGACCUCAACUCCGCUAUAUCAGAGCGUUUUGAAAAGGAUUCCGGUCUGAAAGUCGACCCCGAGAAGGAAGUAACCGUCACCUCGGGCUGCACGGAAGCGAUCGCGGCCACAAUUUUGGGUUUGAUAAACCCGGGAGACGAGGUCAUACUCUUCGCCCCAUUCUACGACUCCUACGAAGCCACUCUGUCAAUGGCGGGCGCUAAUAUCAAAUGCAUAACCCUUAAGCCUCCCGGUUUCGAUCUCCCUAUCGAAGAACUCAAAUCCAAGAUAUCGAAGAACACAAAAGCCAUUCUUCUCAACACUCCACAUAACCCAACGGGUAAGAUGUUCACAAAGGAAGAACUCGAAACGAUCGCAUCUCUUUCGAUCGAAAAUGACGUGUUGGUCUUCUCCGACGAAGUCUACGACAAGCUGUCUUUCGAGAUGGACCACAUUUCCAUCGCUUCUCUUCCAGGAAUGUACGAGCGAACUGUUACGCUUAAUUCCUUGGGAAAGACCUUUUCACUUACCGGAUGGAAGAUAGGUUGGGCAAUUGCGCCUCCCCAUCUGACAUGGGGAGUUCGUCAGGCUCACUCGUAUCUCACGUUUGCGACUAGUACUCCUAUGCAGCACGCCGCAGCCGUGGCUCUAAGAGCGCCGGAAUCUUACUACGAGGAGCUAAAGAGGGAUUACUUGGCUAAGAAGGAAAUCUUGGUGGAAGGUUUGAAUGCUGUUGGAUUUAAAGUGUACCCGUCUAGUGGAACCUAUUUCGUGGUUGUGGAUCAUACUCCUUUCGGGUUGGAAAACGACGUCGCGUUUUGCGAGUACCUGAUAGAGGAAGUAGGUGUGGUUGCAAUUCCGACAAGUGUGUUUUACCUGAAUCCGGAAGAAGGGAAGAAUUUGGUCAGGUUUACGUUUUGUAAGGACGAGGGGACUCUCAGAAGCGCGGUUGAAAGAAUGAAAGAAAAAUUAUCGACGAAACCAUAAUCGCUAUGAUCGAAUAAACAAGUCAAAUUGAGAAGUAGUAGUGUUUUUCUUCGCAGACUAACUGCAUAAAAUUUCCAUCUUUGAGUUUCAUUGUUAUUCAACUUGGUCUGUAGUUAUUACUAUUUUAUUGGCACUGUUUCCAUCCUUUAAAACAAGUACUAUUUAAGCUA